AUGACCGAGAACUCCACGUCGGCCCCUGCGGCCAAGCCCAAGCGGGCCAAGGCCUCCAAGAAGUCCACGGACCACCCCAAGUACUCGGACAUGAUCGUGGCCGCCAUCCAGGCGGAGAAGAACCGCGCCGGCUCCUCGCGCCAGUCCAUCCAGAAGUACAUCAAGAGCCACUACAAGGUGGGCGAGAACGCCGACUCGCAGAUCAAGUUGUCCAUCAAGCGCCUGGUGACCACCGGGGUCCUCAAGCAGACCAAAGGCGUGGGCGCCUCGGGCUCCUUCCGCCUGGCCAGGAGCGACGAGCCCAAGCGGUCGGUGGCCUUCAAGAAGACCAAGAAGGAGGUCAAGAAGGUGGCCACGCCGAAGAAGGCGGCCAAGCCCAAGAAGGCGGCCGCCAAGGCCCCCAGCAAGAAGCCCAAAGCCACCCCGGUCAAGAAGGCCAAGAAGAAGGCGGCCGCCACGCCCAAGAAAGCCAAAAAGCCCAAGACUGUCAAAGCCAAGCCGGUCAAGGCAUCCAAGCCCAAGAAGGCCAAGCCGGUGAAGCCCAAAGCCAAGUCCAGUGCCAAGCGGGCCGGCAAGAAGAAGUGA